GAGAGACUGUUGCAGUGUGUUUUCGAGGCAGAAGGAAGCAGAGCAGAAAAGGAGAGCGUGUCGAAGCAGUUUAGAAGCCGACCACGGUGAUGUCUCUGCGGGACGAGUUGUUGAAAUCCAUUUGGCACGCCUUCACGGCCCUGGACGUGGACAAGAGCGGAAAAGUGUCCAAAUCUCAGCUCAAGGUGUUGUCACACAACUUGUGUACAGUGAUGAGGAUCCCACAUGACCCCGUGGCUCUGGAGGAACAUUUCAAAGACGACGACGAGGGUCCUGUUUCCAACCAGGGAUACAUGCCUUACCUCAACAAGUUCAUCCUGGACAAGGUGACGAACAACUUUGACCGGCAGGACUUUGACAGGAUGUGCUGGACUUUGUGCUCCAGAAAAAACCUGGACCAGAAUCAGCUGCUCAUCUCCAACGAAGACGCCUUCAAAAUCUGGUGCAUCUUCAACUUCCUGUCCGAGGACAGCUACCCGCCGGUCAUCGUCACGGAGGAGAUGGAGUACUUCCUCCGCAAGCUGACGGAGGCGAUGGGGGGCAGCUGGGUGGAAGAGCGCUUCGAGGACUACAAGCUGCAGAUGCUCUCGCAGCAGCAGCAGCAGAGCAUCAGCGUGUGGCAGGUCAUCGCUCUGGUGGGCUCCGGACACUUCAGCAAGGGCAUGGACAGACAGACCCUCUCCAUGGGCAUCCACGAGCUCCACCAGGAGCUCAUCAUGGACGUGCUCAAGCAGGGCUACAUGUUGAAGAAAGGCCACAAGAGGAAGAACUGGACGGAGCGCUGGUUCACCCUCAAGCCCAACUCCAUCUCCUACUAUGUGAGCGAAGAUCAGGCUGAGAAGAAGGGGGACAUCUUGUUGGACGAAGACUGCAGCGUGGAGGCUCUGCCAGACAAAGAGGGCAAAAAGUGUCUGUUCUUCAUCAGAUCCUCACACAAGAGUUUUGAAAUCAGCGCCUCAGAUAAGAAGAAGAAGCAGGAGUGGAUUCAGGCCAUCCAGACGUGCGUGAGCCUGCUGCGAGCGGGCCGCCAGGCGCCGCACCGCGAGUCGCGCCACAAACGUCGCGAGCUGCGCCUCAAGCAGCAGGCCGACCAGGAGGAGCUGCGGACCAGGAUGAAGGAGCUGCAGACGGCCAACGAGGCCAAGCAGCAUGAGCUGGAAGACAUGAGGAAGGCUCUGGAGGAAGCGGCAGCCAACGCGGCGGAGGAAGAGCGGCGGCGACUUCAGACUCAGGCCGACCUCCAGGACCGCUACCGGGUGGACCUGGAGAGAGAGAAGAUGGUGAGGCAACAGAUGGAGGAGCAGGUGGCCCAGAAAUCCACGGAACUGGAGCAGUACCUGCAGAGGGUCCGAGAAAUGGAGGACAUGUACCGGCGGCUGGAGGACGCCUUGGAGGACGAGCGGCGCGCCCGCCAGGAUGAGGAGACCGUCCGCAAGCUGCAGGCCAGGUUGCUGGAGGAGGAAUCAGCCAAGCGGGCCGAGCUGGAGGAGAUCCACCUGAGGCAGCAGCAAGCAAUCUCGGAAACGGAGGCCGAGAAACAGGAACUGCAAAAGGAGCGGCUGGCAAAGGACAAUGCCCUGAGGGAUGCCAUGAUGCAGCUGCAGCAGCUGGAGCAGGACAGGCAGGGGGCGCUGGAGCAGUACCAGACGGUGAUGAAGAAGCUGGAGGACGCCACCAAUAACACAAAGACGUGGAAGCACAAAGUGGCCGAACACGAGGGCUUCUUGCGCCUCAUUCAGCCAGGCUCCAAGGCUCAUCAGAUGAUCACAAACUGGGGCCCGGCCGCCUUCUCGGAUGCCGAGUUGAGCCUGAGGGAGAAGAAAUGGCAGGAAAUGAAGAACCAGGUGACACCGGCGCAGUAGCCGACAACUGCGACAUCAAUGCUACGUUAGCAAUGCUAACGGCUAAAUUGCGGCGGGAAAG